AUGAAGGGCACCACGCCAUCCCCCAGUCCGGCGCCCGGACCGAAAGCUUCACCCGCCCCGAAAUCCACGCCUCCCGCCGCAGGGGUCAAGCGCAAACGAGUCCCCGCCGCCAAAUAUUAUGCUGUUAAGAAAGGUUUUAAGCCAGGUAUCUACUAUGGGUGGCCAGAGUGUUUGGCUCAAAUAACGGGGUUCAAGGGAGCUAUCUUUCAAUCAUUCCUAAGCCAUGAAGAUGCCACCGCGUUCCUGAAUGGUGUCAAGCCUCCGUCCAGUGGUGCUGCGGAGAGCGCCGAAAGAUAUUAUGGGAUACAGCGGGGCCGUGUUCCUGGGGUGUACACAGAUUGGUCGAAAGCACAAGAGCAGAUCCGGGGCUUCACGCGCCCGCGCUAUCGCAAGUUUUCGACGCGAGAGGAAGCCGAAGAAUUUGUAAGAGAAGGACAGGUACGGCCUUCAGUUGUCUUUGGUAGUGCAAAGAAACCCACUGGACCGCAUGGCAUUACGGGCGAGAAUCCCAAAGACGCAGAAGGCGUCGAGUAUGCGCCCGGGGAAGGCCCUUUACCGCCAGGCGCGGAGGAUGGGUUUGACCCCAAUGUGCUGCUGGAUACCACUACUGGGAAGGUGGUCUACAAGACUGCGCCUGAAAAGGCUGCUACCAAGACACAAGCAGCGGGGAUACCGGGGAUGCUACGGAUAUACACUGAUGGGAGUUCCUUGCGGAAUGGAACACCACUGGCAUCUGCUGGGGUUGGAGUCUUUUUCGGACCUGGGGAUUCAAGUAGGAACGUGUCGGAGCCUUUGAAAGGAAGUCGGCAGACAAAUCAACGGGCAGAAUUGACGGCAAUUCUGCGAGCAAUUGAUAUUGCGCCUCGCCACCGAGACGUUACUAUUUUCACCGACAGUAGAUACGCGAUUGACUGUGUCACUGUUUGGUUUAUAAACUGGCGUCGGAACAACUGGAUGACGAAAGACAAGAAACCGGUCGAAAACCGAGACUUGGUUGAGUCGAUUCUCGUGAAGAUCGAGGAGCGUCAGGAAUUGAAAGUCAAGACCUUAUUCCAAUGGAUCAAGGGACAUGCCCAAGACCCCGGAAACGAGGCCGCGGAUCGACUAGCGGUGAAUGGAGCCCAUGAAGGCGUUAGACAGAAGGCCGAAGCCUUGGAAACGAUUCGAGAUCUGCCCGACGAGGAAUCCGAGAAUGAUUUCUAA